GAAGUCCAAACACAUUCUCUUGCUCUCUUCUUACAAAGGGAAUAUGUUCCUCAGAACCCAUCACCCACAUGGCCUGAAAACCACAACCUUCCAGUUAAGGAAUCCAGCAGAGCUCUUUGCUUACCCACUUUCUUCACCUCCAUACUGCCAAACUACGAGAUGGAGUUGAUAUUAGAGGCAAAAGAUGCAGAAGAUUGGAUUUACAAGGGAGAAGGAGCUGUUAAUCUUGUUCUUUCAUACACCGGAACUUCCCCCAACUUCAUUGGCAAAGUUUUACGGGUGCAAAAGGUCAAGAGGAAUGGAUCUGAAUAUGAGAAAGCUCCACCAGCUUUAUCCAAGCAUGAGUGCCUUGUAUGGAAAGAAACAAGAGACCUUUUAUCUGCUUCAACAAAGGAUAUUGGAAAUCAUAUCUAUGCGCAACAAGUAAUGUGCCCAUUAUUAGGUUCUCAACACAUUGAUGCUGGGGUUCGUGUUCAGGUAACCAGGGAAUUUCUAGAGUCGAUACAUAAUGGGGUUUUAUUUCAGCGCCCUUCUUGGCGAGCUGAAGAUGCGAGGAUAAAUACCCAAUGUGAUUCUGCAAUUCUCAUGUCAGACCAUUCAAUUUUCCCCCAUGUCUCUGUCAAAGGUGGUGUUGAUGAAGAAGAAUUGUGCAUAGCUGUUGAGAUAAAGCCAAAGUGUGGAUUUCUUCCGAUUUCAAGAUUUGUAAGAGAGGAAAAUGCAGCUAAGAAAAGGAUAUCCCGCUUCAAGCUGCAUCAGAUCCUUAAAUUCCACCAAAGAAAGAUAUCACAGAUAAGUGAAUAUGACCCUUUGGAUAUGUUCUCUGCAUCAAAAGGAAGAGUGCUAAAAUCAGUGAAGGACCUCUUCCUUACCCCUCAGAAUAAUUUCCGGGUAUUCUUGAACGGUUCACUUGUAUUUGGGAGCUUGGGUGGUGGGGCAGACGAUACAGAUACUCGCAUCGCAGAAGCAUUUGAAGAUACACUAAAGGAUGUGAUUGAAGGUGAUGAGGAGGGCAUGCGUACCCCUAACUUUUUGCAGCUUGUCACUGAGGCACUUUCUGAAUCAGGAGUGAUGGACCGGCUUCUUCAAGUUCAGAAGCUUGAUGUUUUGGACAUAGAAGGUGCUAUUCAUGCGUAUUAUGAUGUGGUGUCUCAGCCAUGUGUAGUGUGUAGGGAGUUAGGAGAAGCCAACAGAUAUGAACCGAUACAUUCACUUCCCAUCGAUCAAAGGGUGAAGAUUGUGAGAGAUUAUCUGAUAUCUUCAACUGCAAAGGACUUGAGUCUAAUCAUCAGUUUUCGUCCAACAGGAAGAGGAAAUCCCGCGUCUCCUUAUGAUGUUGUUUUUCUUGAAUCAAUUAACCGAAGUUUUGAAUACAAAGCAUCGUUUAUUGAUCUGGACAUGAAGCCUGUAGAGAGAAUGGCAUACUACUACAAGUUGGAUCAAGAAAUAGUGGGUUGUUACAAUCGGAUGAUGGAAACUGUAAAUCGACCAGGGAAGUCUCGUGUAGAACCAGUUGAAAACACCUCUUCUGCUUAGAAAUCUCUCUUUCUUGUAUUUAACUUCAAAAUAUGAUUUUCGUCCC